AUGCAGCUCAACCUUCUGUCCCAGGACACCUGGAGACAUGGACACCACGGGGCCUACCUCGGGCCUAUUGAAAGGGAGUCCCCCUUGACUCUCCGGGGGUCCUCUGUCAGCCAUCUUUACUACAUUCUCUCUCCUGGGGACAGAAGAGCCUACCUGCUUGAUGACUCCUCCAAUUCCAUCCAGAGACAGCCCCUGGCUGUCCCCAUGGGGCUUGAGGACAGUGCCCCCAGUCAGCAGCAGCAGCAGCAGCAGCCUGGGGCUGCUCUCCAGGAGCUGGAAGAGGAGGAAAUCGCCCCGACAGAUGUUAAAUACCGCCUGCAGCUGCUUGAGGAGGCUCCAUUGCAGAGAGAGAGUUCAAGUGUACACAACCAGUUCUACAAGCCUGCAUGGGUCCCGGUCAGCAAGACUCACAGAGAAUGGUUCAAGCCCUGGAAGAUGGGCAAUGUGGUACAUGGGCACGAGUCCUCCCAUUCAGGUCACAUUCAGGGCAGAAGAAUAGCACCAAGAGGACAUCUGAACCACGUGGAGCACAUCAACCAGGACCAGACCAACACCCAAGCCCCAGUGUGGAGUCAAGUUCUCUCACCUGGUCUAGACAAGAGCAGUCAAGGGAUCACCCAACCCACACAGCGUAUGGCGAGGGAAAUGGCACCUGGCUGGCCCACGACCCACGCACAUCAGGAGCCGAGCCAGACAAAGCAGGGGACAGCCAUUACGGGGACAAAGAGAGCUGCCAAGUUUGAUGAAGCCACAGCAUCCAGGAUGUCCUGUCUGCCACCUCUCAAGCUCCUGCCGAGAAGAGUCAAGAGUAAGUGCCCCCCCAACACACCUGGAAUCUUCCAAGCCAAAUUCCAAACAGACCUGACCGGCAGGCACUUCUUCCAAGACUGGAGGGCUCAGCCCCAAGGGCGCUAUGGAAGCCAUGAAAAACCCCUGGUGCCAUUUGAGGAUCAAGUCAACCCCAGGCUCACCUACAUGCCCUUGUUUACUCAAAGAGCGAAGCUGACAAGUCCAAGGCCAAUGGCAUCAAGCAUGAGACAAAUACUUCCUCAGCUGAGCAGGGAAAAUCCAACAGCUCCAGAAUUUCAGCCUCAAAACCAGAACAUGUGGAAAACCAGACCGCCUGAGUAA